CAGUCCAUCCCAUGCUACCAGAAGGUUGAAAUCUUCAAAUCCAUGGAGGAGUGGGUCAAGAGUGACAUUUAACUCUCCUAAAACUUGUUGAGAAAUCUUGGCAACCACAAGUGGAUAUGAAACAAGUCGAGAAGACAACACAUUAUUUGAUUGGGUCAAGAAUGGAUACCGGCACUAGGACAAGUCCCUGCUUUUUUACUAUCUACACAUUGUUUCAAGAAAGAGCAACAUUUAUCUCCCAUCAAAAUACAGCCAAGCUUGCCAUGAAGCACGGGGAAAAGCUUGCCCAAAUAUAUGGCAUAGUUGCUGCAGAUGAGAAAUGCCACGAAAUUGCUUAUACCAAAAUAGUUGGGAAGCUUUUCGAGCUUGAUCCAAAUGAAACUGUCAUAGCAUUUGCCGAUAUGAUGAGGAGGAAAAUAUUAAUGCCAGCCCACUUAAUGUACGACGGCUACAAUGAAAAUCUUUUUGAUCACUUUGCAAAUGUUGCCUCUCGGAUUGGUGUCUACACGGCCAAGGACUAUGAAGAAAUAUUGGAACAUUUGGUGGCUAAAUGGAACGUUGAGAAACUAACUGGACUUUCCGGUGAGGGACGAGAAGCCCAGGACUAUAUAUGUGGAUUAGGUCAAAGACUAAGAAGGUUAGAGGAAAGAGCUCUAGCAAGGGCAAAAAAAGCACCCACCGUUUCUUUCAGCUGGAUCACUAGUAGGGAGGUGAAGCCAUAA